AUGCAUGUUGUAUUAUCAGGUGUUGACGAAUGUAACAGCAAUGCCUGCACAAACAAUGCAACCUGCUCUGACGUACAUAAUGGAUACACGUGCCAGUGUCAGGAUGGAUUCACUGGAGCGUUUUGUCAAACAGAUAUUAACGAGUGCUCCAGUCUGCCGUGUCAAAACAAUGGGACAUGUAACGACUUGGUCAACUCGUUCUCGUGCAACUGUGCCCCAGGCUUUACCGGCACAACCUGCGCAGCAGACAUCAACGAGUGUUUGACGAAACAGUGCCAGAAUGGAGCCACUUGUGUGGACCUGGUGAAUGCCUACGUGUGUCAGUGCGUGGCUGGGUACACGGGAACCAACUGUGAGACGGACAUCAAUGAAUGUUCUCCCAACCCGUGUCAGAACGGAGCCACGUGCGCGCAUAGUAUCAACAACUACACGUGCACGUGUGUAGCAGGCUACACCGGGAGAAACUGCCAAAUAGACAUCGAUGAGUGUUCACCCAGCCCAUGUCUCAAUGGCGGCCUCUGCUCAAAUGAGAUCAACAAGUACACGUGCAACUGCACUUCCGGGUACACUGGUGUCAACUGCAGGCCAGCUGUGCUGGGCGAUGACUGCAGCGUCCGACCGGCAGUGUGCUCUAACAUCCUGAACUCGCAGUGCACGGGAGGCACGUGUCAGUGUUUGGCGGGAUACGAGAAGACAGGCGAGGCAACUUGCAGCAAGAAAGAUUGUCCGGAUUUGACGGCCCCUAUCAACGGAGCAGUGCAGUUCAUCCCGAGCAAGGACUAUCUAAGCAAGGCUGAGUACUCGUGCAGUGUGGGCUACACCCUAACGGGUAUUUCAACAAGAACGUGUACGGCAACCGGAGCGUGGGAUGGGUCAAGUCCAACGUGUGUUAUUAAAGAUUGUAAGGCUAUCACGGCCCCAUCCAGCGGUACAAUCGACCAGGGGACCGGAACCACGUAUGGAAGCUCGAGCUAUUUCACGUGCAACACCGGAUAUACGCUCAUAGGAGCCCUCUCAACCACGUGCACGAGCGCAGGAAACUGGGAUAACCCGAAACCUGUGUGCGAAAUCAAAGACUGCGGUACGUUGUCGGAACCAAUGAACGGAGAUGUAGAUCUCUCGCAGGGGACCAAGUACGGGGCCAAGGCAUCCUUCACGUGUAAGACCGGCCACACGCUCGUGGGGCUGCCUUCACCGACAUGCACUUCAGCUGGAAUAUGGAGCUCAGCAGCGCCUGUGUGUCAAAUAAACGGCGGAAAGUGUCCAGCCUAUAAGCCAGUUCGGACGUAA